AGGAAGCAUCCGGAGCCGUGACAGUCCGGAGGAAGAAGAUGUGAAGAAGACUGAGAAUAUAUCGUCUUUUUCCGAGUUUCCUCCCGUAAAAACACCUCUUCCGUGCGAGUCGAGGGUCCUGCGUGAGCAGAAGGAUGUUUCUGCCGGCGUACGCGGCGGUUUUCUGGAUAGUUUCGGCGGCGGGAGCAGCGAAGAAGAGCGACGGCGAUGAGGACUGGGUGCAUCUCCCAAACAGAUGUGAAGUCUGUAAGUUCGUCAGCAUCGAGAUGAAGUCGUCCUUCGACGAGACGGGGAAGACCAAGGAGGUCAUCGACACCACCUACGGCUUCAUCGACGGCAAGGGGGCGGCGCCCGUCAAAUACGUCAAGUCGGAUCUGAGGUUCAUCGAGGUUCUGGAGAACGUCUGUCAGAGGCUGCUGGAGUACAACCUGCACAAGGAGAGGAGCGGCAGCAACCGCUUCGCCAAGGGCAUGUCGGAGACCUUCUCCACCCUCCACGGUCUGGUCAACAAAGGCGUCAACGUGGUGAUGGACAUUCCCUACGAGCUGUGGAACGAGACGUCGGCCGAGGUGGCCGACCUCAAGAAGCAGUGUGACGUGAUGGUGGAGCAGUAUGAGGACGUGAUUGAGGACUGGUACAGAGGGAGCCAGGAGGAGGACCUGACCACUUAUCUGUGUGGGAAACACGUCCUGAAGGGACAAGACCAAGCCUGCCUGAGCGAGGCGUGGACCGGGAGGAAGAAGGGCGACCAGGCAGCCAUCGCGGAGGACAAGAAGAAGAAGAAGAAAAAGAAGAAGGGCGGGAAGAAGGACGGAGGAGACGGCGGCUCGGAGGGCGAGAAGGCUCCCAAGAAGAAGAAAGAGAAGAAAGUGAAGAAGAAGAAGAAGAGGGCGGAGGGCGGCUCCACGUCCGAGGAGGACAUCCAGCCUCAGGUUCCUCUGUCUGGACAGAAGACGGAGCUGUGAGGCUUUUCUGAAGCGCUUUCAAAAAGUUGUCUUUCCUCUGUCUCCAUGGAAACGUAGUUGGAGCGAUUUUAAAACGCUCCACCUUUGGCACUGUUUUCAAAACGUUGCUUUUUCAGCGUCCUGUGAACCGACACCCAAAACGCUACGGCAAUUUUCACCCGUUUCCAUGGAGACAUAGUUGGAGCGUUGUCAGAAAGUUCCGUUUGUGGCAGUCUACAUGGUGACGGAGCAGGAGAAGUUUUAAAAAGUUCCGUCCUUGAAGCUAUUUUUUCAAAAAGUUGUAUUUUAAGUGUGUCUGAGCACCGUUGUCCUGUACACAGACUCCCGAAGCACGAUGGCAAUUUUCACUGGUUUCCAUGGCGAUGGAGUUGGAGUGUUUUCAAUAAGUAGCUUUUUCAGUCUCUGAACACUGUUGCGUAAACGGACAACCAAAACGCUACGAAAGUUUUGUGUUUUCUCUUGAAAUUGUUGCCGCGUAAACAGAGCCCAGCUCCUGGAGGUCCGACCAUUCACGGAAACUUUUCAUCCCGUUUCCAUGGAAACGGAAUUGGAGCAUUUUCAGAAAGUUACAUUUUUUUUCUCCUCUGUUUCCAUGGAGACGGAGUUAGAGCAUUUUUUAAAAGUUGAAUCUUUGCAGCCGUUUUCUAAAAAGCUGUCUUUUCAGUGUCUGAGUGCCGUCGUCGUGUGAACACACACCGGAAACGCUGUUGGAGUUUUGCGUUUUGUCUUGAGACCGUUGCCAUGUAAACGAGCCCAAAGUGAAAACUGCAGCUUCUGGAGGUCCAAACGUUCACAGAACUAUUUUUCAACAACUUCAAAUCUUUAAAUUCAAAAAUAUCAAAAAACAGUCUCUUUUUCUCUUUUUUUAAUCCUAAAAUUUCACUUUCAUAUCAGUAGAAUUUGCUGGAACCACCAAAUACAUCAACAUUUUCAAAGCAACAACCUUUUUUUUUUAGAUUUAAGUUUUAUUUAUUGAAUCCAGAUGAAGUUAAAAUCACCUUAUUUAAUUCAGUGUUUUGUAAAAAUGUGAGAUUAUUUUAUCCCUUCGAUGACUUGAGCAGCUGGAUUGUGGAUGAGUGGCAACCCCAAGAGGAGCAAAUGUUUGAAAUCCAGCAGCUUUUAUUUUCUUGUAUAAACGGUUUCUGUGUAACAUGUUACACAUGUGUGAGUGUCGAAGUCUGUACGGACAGAAACCUUCAUGUCUCUGCUCCCUCUAAUGUUUUCUUGUGACAUAUAAACCAUGUGUGUGUGUGAGAACACGUACAGAAGAGCUCACUGCUGAAACACCAACUCGUUUGGAACGGAAUGCUCUGUCUCGCUGUUUUGACAGUUUCUUGAGUUUUCCUGAAGCAUAUAAACUGUUUCUGUGUGACACUCUGAGAAAGAAUAAUCUUACCACAAGAAAAUGUUGUUUUUCUGCCUGAAAAGUUUGAAAAUUCUUCCGACACAUGGACAGUUUCUGUGUGAAAGCCAGUUCUGUGUGACGCUGUUGAAGUGAAUGUGGAAGAGUUUCUACUGCUUUGUGGACAGAUCACUUCAUUUCUCUGAUUUAAUCAGUUUCCUGCUACAUUUGAUCUGUUUCUGUGUGAAAACUAGAACAGAGCAGUUCAUGUUGCAGAUAUGUGGCACACCGGUUUAUCUUAUCUGUGACUGGACAAAGUGUUUUGUUUUAGGACUUCGGCUUCAGAGUCAAUCGGAAUUCAUUACAUGUAGUUGUCAAAGAUUUUUUUUUUCUUUAUUGCGAUAUUGCAGAAUUAAAGAUGGCGCUUUUUUUCAAUUUGAAAACUGUAUUUGAUGAAGACACUGUAUCACAUUGUUCUGCAUGCUGCUUUAUUUUGAGAGAAAUUCUUUUUUUAUGUUGAUUUCAUUCCUCACUAGGUCACUCGAAUGCUUUAUAGGCUCCAAACUGCCUUCAAAUGCAAAAUAACAGUGUUAAACAUGUGCUUUAAAAUGUGAUUAAACAAGUUUAACCACGGAAAAUCUGUGGUUGAUUGCAUUUAAAUAAAUUAAUCUUUUGACAGCCCUAAUUGGGAAAAGAAAUUAGAUAUUGAAACUGAGAAUUCAAUUUUGAAGUUUCUUGUGACAUAAACAGUUUCUGUGUGACAUACAGUAAAGCUCACAUCAGCCCCUGCUGUCGGAUGCCCAGCUGUCUUAUCCUCUGAACGUGAUCCAAGGUGAACUUGAUCCGUUCUUCAGUCUUUCUGUGUUUGAUGGAACCCUUUCAAUCCGGCGGUCUGAUCUCGAUGAACACGAUGGCUUCACUGUCCUCUUUCUGCUCCUGUUUGAAUCUUCUGAUAUCUUGAAUUCUCAGAGUUGAAUGUGGUUUUGCUUUGAGAAAAAUGUGAAUUUUUGUGGGGGUUUUUUUGGUUGUUUUGUGUGUCUUUGUUGUUUUAUUUUUGAUAAGGCUUCAUUUUUGUGUGUUUCAUUUAAGCUAAAAGGGACAAAGCUCUUCCUGUGUGACGAUUUUGUGUUGUGAAGUUUGAUUUCAGCCGGUUUGAACUCACCUGAGCGGCUCCGCCGUCGACCCGUCUCGGAGGAUACGGUACAGUUUCAGCUGAAAAUAAACCAGACGAGCUGGA